UUUCAGAUUGACAUGGCGUCUGGAAAUAUAACGAUGACAAAGGCUGUGGGGUCGGCAGACCAAAUCGUUUUAUCAGUGAUGGCCUAUCAGACCGACGACGCCAAUAAGUUUGCGCUCACGACCGUCACCAUCGACGUCCUAAAAAAGAGCCUAAACCCUCCAGUGUUCGAGAAAUCGACAUAUGACGGCUUUGUGCCCAGCGACUCUCCGGAUGGCAGCAUGGUCCUCGAGAGGGGCUUCGCUAGCAGACCCCUGAAGGUCAUCGCCACGGACGCCGAUUUCAAUAAUGGAAUAAACCCCGACUUGGUCUACAAGAUUGAGGACAGCACAGAGUUUGUGGUGACCGCUCAGGGCUUCAUCCUCACCAGCGGGAAACUCUCAGCUGGCUCAGCCAACGUGACGGUGGUGGCUGAAGACAGGCAGAGUGGCGAGUUUGCCCGUGCGAAGAUCAGCGUAGACGUUACAGGUGCCACUACUGCCAUGUCCACCACUGACAUUGCCUCCAUACCCACCAGUGCCAGCACUACGAGUCCCAUCAACAACAGCACAGCCACUCCUGCAAAGACCACAGGGGACACGUCGGCUGUGCCAACUCCUUCGCGGUCCUCCUCUCCUGCUCCUUCUGUCCCGACUACAAGUCCUAAUGCAGGUGCCACUAAUGCCACGUCCACCAGUGAUGGUGUCACCACGACUACCAGUGCCACAGUGAACACUACAAGUGGCACAACAGCUUCUUUGCUGACUGCAGGGAACACGUCAGCCGUGCCAACCCCAUCGCCAUCUCCUGCUCACACGUCUGCUGUCUUGACCACAAAUCCCAAUGCAGGUUCUACCAUGUUGACCACUCUAGAGAGCUCGACUCGGCCAUUACCAUCCACUGCAAGUCCUGCGUCUCCAGCGCCAUCUUCAUCAUCCUCUCCCUCACUUGCGCCCCCUACUGGCACAGAUUCUGCCACCACCAUCACCUCCAGCACUCUACAGAGCUCAGCAUCUCCAUUAACGUCCACGGCAAGUCCUGCGUCUCCAGCGCCAUCUUCAUCACCCCAUCCCUCACUUGCGCCCCCUGCUGGCACAGAAGGUGUGCCCAUUCCGCCGCCGCCAGGCUUUACCUCAGGUGACAUGGCAGCCCUCGGUGCCACACUGUCGGUGCUUUUGGUCCUGUGCUUGGCAAUCAUUGGCUUCCUCAUUUUUAAAGUCCAUCAAGGACGAGGAGAUUAUGAGAAGAUGGCCCGGGCACGCACUUACAUCCACUCCCUAGACAGAACUCCCGGAGGGUCAGCCACAUCGACCGACCAAAUUCAGUUUGUUAACGAUGGCUACCAGGACGACGGACAAACGAAGGCCACCGCUGACGAGACGGAUGACAGGGUCCGCCAGAUGGCCGACAGGCUCGCCAAUGGGGUUGUGGCCUCCGCUCUUGCGGCCUCAGCCGCCAGCGCCGCAGAUGCCAACAGCUUGGCCAACUCGGAGGGCAGCAUCAGCGAGAAGGAAGUGAAGUCCAUCCUGACCAAAGAGCGCAAGGCCGAGGACGGCUACAAGUCGGUGUGGUUCAAGGAGGACAUCGAGCCCGACGCCAAGGUGGAUGUGGUGAUCAUCAACGACGACGCUGAGGCAGACGAGGAAGAGGAGGAGGAGGAGGAGGAGGAGGAAGACGGGGGCAGCGAUGAAGAGGUCACAAGGGGCUCCGACUCGACAACCCCCAGUGGACCCUCCAUCAGCUAUGAGCCCCCAACACCCAAUGCAGACUUCGAGCAGGAUAUCCUGUGACCGCUACAGGGCACAGACUGCUCUCUUCUGUACAACGUGGCAAACACAAAGACUUGAACCGCCGUGGCACACGGGACCCUCACCUUGAGAUUUCACUAAUUUAUACGCGAAUCAAGUGAGCCAGCUGGCCAAAUCGAUGUCGAUAACCCAAAUUGAAAUAAAUGAGUUAAUUAUUGA